AUGUUGGCUCACGGGACUCCAGAAGCAGCUGACAGGGUGAACGGAGCGAUGACCACAGGCUUUGAAGCAGACGUCGGACACAGAACAUCGGUCUACGUUCACUCUGCUCACUCCAUCGUUAAAUCACCACAGUUGCUGAAAAAGUUUGGAUACAAGUCAGCGCCACAUGAUGAGCAUCGUCUUCAACUCUCCUCCCUGACAGGUAUAAAGUAUGUGAUGAUGCCUGAGGCCAUGAAGGAUUUCCAGUGGCUUGAGGGUCUCCUCAAAGGCACAAAUGUGACUUCUGGAGCGUAUUGUGGAAAAAUGCCCAGAAGUUAUUACUCCGGGCAGUUCAACGAGAGUCGCUUCUACGUUUUGCAUCAGGACUUCAUGCGAUACGUUCGGAACAGGUGA